UACGGAAUGCAUGACAAAUUCCCUCGAAAACCUCUCUCGACGGUACUGUGAGACUUUGUUCAUCAGUUUUCAGGAGUCGUACCGUACCCAAUCUCACCUUUCACACUGUGCCUUCUCAAACACAUUUCCCAUAACUUUUCUCGACACCAGCAGCAAGUGCCCCACCAAGACAGACGGAAAGCAGCUCCCGCCACAUCGACCUUGAUUGCCAUGGCAUCCCGCAUCCCCCACCUACUAGAGCCCUAUCUCGCCCUCCCAGACGAGGCUGCCUUCCUCGUGCUAACGGGCGUCCUGGGCGCCAGCACAAACUGGCUGGUCCUCCGCCAUCUCUACUCCCUUCUCAAACCCUCAUCACCAUCACACACAUCCCCCGCGAGAGCAGCUGCAUUACCACCACCACCACCGCCACAACCCUCGCCAUCAGUAACAGCAACAGAACACAACGGCAACCAAGAUGAUGUGGCAGUCCUGCUAGUAAGCUUCCUCCGGGACUAUGCCUUCUGGAGAGAGAACCUCUCUCGGCUAGGGGUGGACCUGGAAGCUGCGGCACGCAGAGGGAAGUUUGGUUACAUGGAUGGUUUAGGAUGGCUGUUUUCCUCUCCUUCCGCCCUCACUUCAUCCGGGCAAGGACAGCAGCAGCAGCAGGCACGGGGACAAGGAGGAGGAGGAUGGAAGCGCACACUGACGAGUCCCGCGCCGGGAGAUAUCAGCCGCGUGGUGAUGGAGGGUGUGGAACAAUUGCAGAGGAGCAACAGCAACAGCAUUACUAGUCCGACCGGGAAGGACAGCGAGCUGAAGGGGAAGAAGGUUGUGCUGGUAAUUGACGGGUUGGAUCUCGUGCUGGCAGCGUCGGAUCCUAACGCAGGGGCUGCUGCCGGCCAGGCAACGGCUCUAGCGCUGAAGGAGAUGUUGAUGGAUUUGAGAGAGACAACACACGCUGCCAUAAUCACCCUGGCAGCCGACGACCCGCUUAUCAAGGAGCAGGAGACGACGCUCGAGAAGCAGCAUGCGUGGUUCACUCUGAGCCUGGCGCAUGAGGCCGAUACAAUGCUCAGUUUGAGGCUGCUUGACACAGGCGCCGCAAAGGACGUAAGUGGGGUCAUCAGAAUCACACAUAAGGACGGCCGCGCCAGGGACCAUGAGUACCUGUACCAUGUAGGGGGCGACGGUGGUGUUAGGGUAUUCGAGCGAGGCCAGUAGUAUACUUGAUACCCCUUACAAUCGGAGUCCACUGCCAGUCCUCUAAGCCCCUAGUUUGGAGACUUGGCUGGCCCUCGCAGGCUGGCAUGUCGGUCGUACUCGCACCCUUUAGCGACCGCUCUCCUCUGCCCUUCGCACGGAGACUUGCCCAGAAAACAAAAUCUGUGUGAUUGGUCCCAAACGUUACGCCAUUUUUCAUGACCUGUGCUCGAUGUUUAGACCGAUGAGCCGAGUCCCGCGCGAAAUCAUGCCAUUUCUGUUGUAGCAGCG